UUUGCCUCUGCUCCUCGCAUCUCUGCCUUUUCCCAUCCCUCCCCUUCGCAUCUCUGCUCCUCGCAUCUCUGCCCCUGUGCACCCUCUGCCCCUCGACCCUUUUGCCCCUUUGCACCCCUCCCUGCUUGGAUCUCGGCCCUUUGGGUAUCUCCCUCCUGGCCCCCUCCGCUUCCCCUCCUCUCCCCCCCCCCUCCCGCCCCUUUGCACCCCCUCCCUUUCGCUUUCCUACCCCUCCGCAUCUCCUUGCUUCAUCCUUGCCUUCUCCACCCCGGCCCUUUCGCACCUCUCCCCCAGUCCUCCCCCUUCUCCCUCCACCCCUCCCCGUAGCCCCCGGGGCAGCCCGCAGCGGCUCCAGACCGUCCCCCCCCCGCCACAACCCCGCCGCCUCCAGCGCCCCCCUUAACCACCCCCCCCCCGCCCCCCCCCUUCCGCCGAGCCGCCCGCGAUGCCGCCUCCUCCGCGGCUGCUGCCGCUGCUGGUGCUGGGGCUGGGGCUGGGGGGGCGAGUGGGCGGCGGGGGGGGCUGCCAGUUGCCGGCCGAGUGGCGACCGCUCAGCGAGGGCUGCCGAGCCGAGCUGGCGGCGAUCAUCGUCUACGCGCGGGUGCUGGCGCUGCACCCCGACCCCUACGGUGCCUACAACUACCUGCCCUGGCAGAGGGGCCCCCCCGCCGGCCCCCAGCAAGGGGCGGGGGGGCUCUUUUAUUCGGCCGAGAUCGAGCUGCUGUGCGACCAGGCGUGGGGCAGCAUGCUGGAGGUGCCCGCCGGCUCCCGCCUCAACCUCACCGGCCUCGGCUACUUCUCCUGCCACUCGCACACCGUCAUGCAGGGCUACUCUUAUUUCUUCUUCCUCCGAAUGGAUGAGAACUACAUCCUCCUGCCGCACGGAGUCAACUUCCAGGAGGCUAUUUUCCCGGACACCCAGGAGAACAGAAGGAUGUUUGCCAGCCUUUUCCAGUUUUCUAACUGCUCUCAGGCACAGCAUGUGUUGAGCUUCUCCAGUGACUGGGAGAUUCAAGAGGACAACCGGCUCAUGUGCUCCUCAGUCCAGAAAGCCCUGUUUGAGGAGGAGGACAGAGUGAAGAAGCUGCAGCAGAAAGUGGCAACGCUGGAGAAACGCAACAAGCAGCUGCGAGAUCGGGUGAAGAAAGUCAAGCGGUCUCUCCGGCAAGCCAGGAAAAACACCAGGCACAUGGAACAGAUGAACCGAAAGCUCAGUGAGAAACUUUCCUCUGCAGGUGGUCAAAUCCCUUAUAUUAACUCUUUGAAGCAGGAGAACUCCCAUGCUACCUACCUUAAAGUAUAACAGAAGGGUAAGUGCUCAGGCCAAUGAUGCUGGCAAAUUUUGCCUGCGUUAGAUCAGGAUCUGGCCCUCACACCUUGUCUACACCGUGCUUCAAACCUUGCAUGGAAAAUGAAUCUGAACUUACUUUAGAUGCAGUGCUAGAUUAAACAGGAAUGCAAACUGUGUUUGGCUGGGUGUUGGAGGCACAGCCCAAAGCCAUGUCCUCACUGUCCUUGGUGGACAUAGGGCCAUACUGUAAUCUGUUCUCCUCAGCCCCUUCCACCUCCGUCACCAGUUUUAGGUUCUCUUUAAUGAAAGUGCCAGUUCAGCGCCAUGGGCCACCGCAGGCACUUGACACAGGAGAUCGUCUUGGGAAGUUCUGGUGCCAACUUACCUCCUCCACAGGGACUGGGCAAGCAAGGCCAGGAGGACAUAUGGAGAAGGAUACCGUAGGAAGGAUGCAGGCAUGAAUGCUUUUUGUUCCAUUAUUAGCCCUGAGUUCUCAACCUCCCUUAAACUUGACUAAAGUCUAUAGCCAGUGUCUGAGCAAAGGCUAUGUCUGGGGCACCAUCACUUUGGGCCCUUCUUCAAAAUGAAGUAUAGAUGUGCACAAAUUGACUGGAGACUCUUUUGAAAUAUCCCUAAGUAUUCUAAAUAAAAUAUCUAAUAUUUUUUCUUUUACCAGGAAGUGCCUCAAGAGUCUCAGUAAUUCCCUCAGGUGCCUUUAUUAUUGCCCAGCUGACAGGGUUGGAAACCACAUCAUAUUGGGCCUGUGUCUAGGACCUAAUCCAGCUCCUGUGAUCAGGAGUGGGUUUAGCCUGACUAUUAGUGGGUGCUGGAUCAGGCCCAGCAGACAAUUUCAGAUCCUGUUUUCAAGCAGGUUUAAUUUACAGUGUGGACAAGGCUUCAAGUUUUCUAAUCACUGUUUGAGGUAUAAUGGAGGUUGCUGGGCAACCUCAGUUAGUUACACUUAGAUGCUGUAGAGACCACAUCAAUAUCAACAGGGCAUUAAAAAUUAAGGUAGUUUAUAUAUGUAUAUAUUUUCAAAUCCUAUAGAAAAUAUUUUUAUUACACAUUUGAUAUAGUCUAAUUUCUUAAAAUAUGAAGUAAAUCCCAUUUCUUGGUUAUCUCAUUAAAAAAAAGUCCAUAUGUCCUUUAUUAGACAUUUGCAAAUCAACUUCUGCUCGAGGAGCAUAGGUUAAGUAUCCAUUGCUGAUAAUGUUUUCAGCUGUGUUAAUGAACUGGAGCAUGUCUUGGGUCUCAGUACUCAACCUUUCCUUCAAAAAAGGGCACCGUAAGGAGAGGAAGGUAGAAGAAGAGUUUUUGAUAGUUUUUCUUACUCCAAGCAUGGGACCCAAAUGCAGAUAUGCUUCAUGCUUUUUGACAGGGGCAGAUGGCCCUUGCCCAGCCAGGGGCAACACUGACACUCUGCCAGGGCUAACCAUGAUUUGUACAAGGUGGACUGAUCCAGAUGAUCUUUAACAUAGAGGUGAGGCCCUCAGAAAUAACAGUAUGCAAACCACCACUCUGCUCCUAACUCUCCACACUUUACCAGAUCACUGCAUGGUCUCCAUGCUGUGUCUCAGCAAUCAAAAUUAGAGUAUAUCUACUCUGCUGGACCACGCUUUAUCUAUCCCUGCACUAGGAAAAGCCCCUAUCAGCUUUCAACCAUGAGCUUCAAUCCAAGCUGAACUCAGAAGUUAAGCCUUGUGUUGGCUUCUAGGAUGCUGCUGAGUUUAAUUACCUUCCAGUUUUGCUCCUUUUGGAAAUAGAGCGCUUUUUUUUUUUUUUUUUUUUUCCCCUCUCUU